AUGCGCCAACACUCGCGCAUGGCCGUUGCUGCUUUGGCAGCAGGAGCGAACGCAGCUUCUUUUACCGAUGUGUGCACCGUGUCUAACGUGAAGGCUGCAUUGCCUGCCAACGGAACUCUGCUCGGAAUCAGCAUGCUUCCGUCCGCCGUCACGGCCAACCCUCUCUACAACCAGUCGGCUGGCAUGGGUAGCACCACUACCUAUGACUACUGCAAUGUGACUGUCGCCUACACGCAUACCGGCAAGGGUGAUAAAGUGGUCAUCAAGUACGCAUUCCCCAAGCCCUCCGACUACGAGAACCGUUUCUACGUUGCUGGUGGUGGUGGCUUUUCCCUCUCUAGCGAUGCUACCGGAGGUCUCGCCUAUGGCGCUGUGGGAGGUGCCACCGAUGCUGGAUACGACGCAUUCGAUAACAGCUACGACGAGGUAGUCCUCUACGGAAACGGAACCAUUAACUGGGACGCCACAUACAUGUUCGCAUACCAGGCACUGGGAGAGAUGACCCGGAUCGGAAAGUACAUCACCAAGGGCUUUUAUGGCCAGUCCAGCGACAGCAAGGUCUACACCUACUACGAGGGUUGCUCCGAUGGAGGACGUGAGGGUAUGAGUCAAGUCCAGCGCUGGGGUGAGGAGUAUGACGGUGCGAUUACUGGUGCCCCGGCUUUCCGUUUCGCUCAGCAACAGGUUCACCAUGUGUUCUCGUCCGAAGUGGAGCAAACUCUGGACUACUACCCGCCUCCAUGUGAGUUGAAGAAGAUCGUGAACGCCACCAUUGCUGCUUGCGACCCGCUUGAUGGAAGAACCGACGGUGUUGUGUCCCGGACGGAUCUUUGCAAGCUUAACUUCAAUUUGACCUCUAUCAUCGGUGAGCCUUACUACUGUGCUGCGGGAACUAGCACUUCGCUUGGUUUCGGCUUCAGCAAUGGCAAGCGCAGCAAUGUCAAGCGUCAGGCCGAGGGCAGCACCACCAGCUACCAGCCCGCCCAGAACGGCACGGUCACCGCACGUGGUGUAGCUGUCGCCCAGGCCAUCUACGAUGGUCUCCACAACAGCAAGGGCGAGCGCGCGUACCUCUCCUGGCAGAUUGCCUCUGAGCUGAGCGAUGCUGAGACCGAGUACAACUCUGACACUGGCAAGUGGGAGCUCAACAUCCCGUCGACCGGUGGUGAGUACGUCACCAAGUUCAUUCAGCUCCUGAACCUCGACAACCUUUCGGAUCUGAACAACGUGACCUACGACACCCUGGUCGACUGGAUGAACACUGGUAUGGUGCGCUACAUGGACAGCCUUCAGACCACCCUUCCCGAUCUGACUCCCUUCCAAUCGUCCGGCGGAAAGCUGCUGCACUACCACGGUGAAUCUGACCCCAGUAUCCCCGCUGCCUCCUCGGUCCACUACUGGCAGGCGGUUCGUUCCGUCAUGUACGGCGACAAGACGGAAGAGGAGGCCCUGGAGGCUCUCGAGGACUGGUACCAGUUCUACCUAAUCCCCGGUGCCGCCCACUGCGGAACCAACUCUCUCCAGCCCGGACCUUACCCUGAGAACAACAUGGAGAUUAUGAUCGACUGGGUCGAGAACGGCAACAAGCCGUCCCGUCUCAAUGCCACUGUUUCUUCGGGUACCUACGCCGGCGAGACCCAGAUGCUCUGCCAGUGGCCCAAGCGUCCUCUCUGGCGCGGCAACUCCAGCUUCGACUGUGUCAACGACGAGAAGUCGAUUGACAGCUGGACCUACGAGUUCCCAGCCUUCAAGGUCCCUGUAUACUAG